AUGCCACAGCCCUCUGAUUCCACUACUACCACCAACCACAAAAACACAACUCACACCAACUUCAAUAGCACUUUAGAUAUCCAUAUGCAAGAUAUACCCAUACUGAUCCCAUUCAUACUGGCACAAACCUCCACAUAA